AUGGCAAAAUAAAAUAAAGUAUAAGCAAAGGCUGCUUAAUCUAAAGCACCUUAAAAUACCAAGGAAUAGAAAAAAUCUAAGAAGGCUAAGCAAGAAUCUGAAUCUGAAGAUGAGCAAGAGGAGCAGGCUGAGUCUGUUGGUACAAUGAAAAAAUAACUAAAAUAAAAUGACAAAAAAGCAGUAGCAGCUCCACAGACUGGUGCAAAAGGCAAAGCUAAAUAAGAAGAGAAGGCUGUAGAAAAAGAUAAUAAGAGUAAAAAGCGAGCAGCUAAGCCUGCUGAAAGCGAUGAGGAUAAGGGUGCUGAGACAAGAGAUGAGGACAAUGAUGGAAAUAAUAGUGCUAGUUCCAAAGGAAGCCAAGAGUCUGAGGAGAAAGAAGUAGCUCCUAAAAAAGGCUCAAACCAAAAGACAAAUAAAACCCCACCUCCAUCAAAGAAAUAAGUUGAUAAAAAAUCAACUCCUGCUUCCUAGCCAAAAAAAGAAGUGGAGAGUAAGGACAAAGAUGUCAAAUCUUAGAAGAAAGCUCCUCCAUCAAAAGUAGUGGCAUAGAAAAAGAAGGGUAAAUCUAAGAAGGAUGAAGAUGAUGACGAAGAGGCUGUAGUUCCUGGAAUGAAAAAAGGAUAAGCCAAGAAAUCAGAUGAUGAAUCUCAUGGUAGUGCUGGUGGCAAUAGAAGGUCAAAUCGCAUUAAAGAUAUCCAAGAAAAGAAGAAUGGGGAUGAUGAAUAAGAUAAAAAAGAGAAAGAUAAGAAAAAGAAGGCUGUAAUUAAGAAGAAAAAAGAUGAAGAGGAGGAAGAAGAGGACGAUGAUGAGGAGCAGGAAAAUGAUGAAACUAAAAAUGAUAAAGAUAAAAAAUCUGACAAGGACGAUGAGGAGGACGAGGAGUCUGAAGAAGAGGAAGAACCAGUCGAAAAAUCUAGUCCUAAAAAUGAUAAAAAGAAGGGGAAAGCAUAACCUGCUCCUGUUUCCAAAUCUAAAGUUAAAUCAAAGAAAGAAUAAUCAGAUAAGGAAGAAUCUGAGAAGGACGAUGAAGAAUCAGAUGCAAGUGAAGCAGACAAUGACAACGAGGAAGAAGAAGAGGAAGAAGAUAAGCCCAAGAAAAAAGCUCCUGUUAAAAAAGGAUAGGCUCCAGCAAAAUAAACAAAGAAGCCAGCACCAAAGAGAAAGCAGCCUGAAAAGAAAGUUUAAGUAAGGAUGAAGGUUAAUAAAAAGGAGGAAGAAAAGUAAAAGGAUGAUGAUGAAAGCAAUAAAGAAGAUGAAGAUAAAGCUUCUCAAGAAAAAGAAAAAACUAAGAAAGAAGAAAAGAGUAAAGACAAAGCUGAUAAGAUUUAAGAUGAAGAGAUGAAAGAUUAAUCUGAGGAAAAUGAGAGUGGUAGCGGGGAGGAAGAUGAGGAUGAGGAAGGGAACAGCGAAGAAGACAAGGAUGAAGAAAAGCCUACUGCCAAAGAUGGAAAAAGUACCUCCCCUGCAAAAGGUGAAGAAAAAGAUGAGGAAGUGGUUGAGGAUGAUAAGAGGAAGAAGAGGUAGAAAACUAAGUGA